AUGGCUCGCUUGUUGAGGGAGGCGAUUCUCCCUGUCUCCCUCUCUGCUCUUAUGAGAUCCCACCUGGACUACUGCAUCCAGCCUCAGGGUCUCCAGUACAAGGAAGACAUGGAUCUGUUGGAGCGAGUCCAGAGACAUUAUGUGAAGAAUAAAGUUAGUGAGACAAAUGAGGAGUUAAGGAAGAAAGGCAAAAAUGGAGUUCUGUGGAAACCUACUCAUGACCGAAGCAGCUUGGCAAAGGUGUUGGAAAGCAGCGUGGCAGAAAAGGCCCUGGGGGUCCUGGUGGACACCAAGUCCACCAGGAGACAGCAAGGUGCUCUUGCCCAAAGGCGACCACGAGCGACGGGGCAGCGCCCCGCGCCCGCAGCUCUGCCUGGCCCUGGGCCAGCUGCAGGUGCUGACCAGCAGGAAGGGGGCAGCCGGGGAUGCCGCCCAGGAGGAGGAGGAGGGCCGGCACACCAACUCCCUCGUCCUCGUCUGGCCCUGCGGCUUCUGCACCGUCACUUUCCCGUGAGUCUGGCUGCCACGUCCCGCGCCAGGGCUGGGCAGCGCCUCUGUCCUGCCCCACGGGCCUUCGUCCUGCCUCUGCAGCUGUCCCCACGGGGCAGGGCUGUGCCGGCGCCCGCCUCUGCCCGCAGCCUGGGCAGCAGCGGGCACUCAGGCUGUUUCUCCUCUCUCUCUUGCCGCAGCUCCCGGGCACUGAAGGAGCUCUGGCUCAGCGCGCUCCUUGGGCCACCAGAAGGAGUGGAAGGAGCCCGGGUGACCCAGCUGCCCUCCAUCAAGCUCCUGCUGCAGGAGCUGAGCGGCCGCAAUGCCGUGAGUGUCCCUCCUGCCUCCGCUCUGCCCAGCCCCGAGGCUGCUCCAGCCCAGCAUCAGGCUGGUGCAGAGCAGCGGCCACCUCCCGUCCCCUCCGGCGGCAGCAGCGAACGUGGCCUUGGCCCCUCGGCUGGUGAGUGCGGAUGCAGAAGACGGGGGCAGGACGGCCCUUCUCCCCUCCUCUGCCCGGCGGCCACUCCUGCUGCACUGGCGCUGCUGCUGCCCUUCCCGCAGGGCACGGCCGUCCCCAUCGCUCUGCGGCGGGACAGAGCUGAGCCCCGGGGCCCCUCGCUCCCAAACGGCGCCCCUCUGCCUCUGCCUCUGCCUUGCUUUCAGCGGCGGGGGGACAGCGCCCAGAGGCCCCGGGAGCGCUCGCCCGGCGCUUCUCCUCCUCCACGGCUCUUUGCUCUCUUGUCCUUGGCAGCAGGCGGGACCCGCAGGAGGAGGAGGGGGCUGCCCUGGCCCUUCGCACGGCGGCGAGGCAGCUCGGCCGCUGCAGAGGCAGCCGGGCAGUCGGGCUCUGGCGGCAGGGGGGCUCUCUUCGGCCAGCCCCUGGCAGCUCUCUGCAGCCAGGACGGCACGCUGCCCCAGCCCAUCCAGGACCUGCUGGCUCUCCUGGCCGAGCACGGGCCGUCCACGGAGGGGAUCUUCCGGCUGGCGGUCAAGGAGCACGUCUCCCGGGAGCUGAGGGAGGCCCUCGACAGCGGAGCAGAGGUCCACCUCGAAAGCCAGCCUGCGCACGUGCUGGCCGUCCUCCUGAAGGACUUCCUGCGGAAGAUCCCCUCUAAGCUCCUCGGGGCAGAGCUGUACGAGGAGUGGAUGAGCGCCCUGCAGAAGACCAGCAGGCAGGAGAAGCUGGCAGCACUCAGGGAGGUGGCCGGCAAGUUGCCCCAGGCCAACCUCGUGCUCCUCAAGAGCUUGCUGUCCCUGCUGCAAAGGAUCAGCAGAAACGCGGCCAGCAGCAGGAUGACUGCCGGCAACCUGGCCAUCUGCGUGGGGCCGAACCUGCUCAGCCCACCCGAGGAGCAGACGCUGCCCCUGGACGCCCUGGUGCAGGUGACGGGGCAGGUGACAGGGCUGGUGGAGUUCCUCAUUGAGCACCACGGGGACCUCUUUGGGGAGGAGGUGGCCGGGCUUGCCGGCACAUCGGCCGAGGAGUCGCCGGCACCAGGGCCGGAAGCAGAGACAGCAGAGGUGCCUCCAGUCGCUGCAGAAAGCCAACACCUGAAGAGCUCCUCUGGGGAGAGAAGGUAA